AUGAAGAUCAGCAAAAGGUCAAAAAGUAAAUACAAGGGCAUUGGUAGCAAACACUGGAAGAUAAAUAUGCAUGAGCAGAAAAGGAAAAGAGAAAAGGAAUUGAAAAGAGAGAACUCACGGGGAAAUUGGGAAAAAGAGAAUGGGGAUAGGGAGCAGAGUGAGAAGAGGAAUGCAAAAGGUGGAAUUGGAAUUGAGACGGAUGAGGGGGGUGAGGCUGAUGAUGAUCCUGGCCAGAAGUCGACAUGA